CAGCUGUCGGCGUCUCACGGUGGGGGCGUUUGGGACGUUGGUGAAUUCAUUCUUCGUUCUUUUCUAUUAAUAUUUAAUAUUUUAAAUGAUUUAAAGAAAUUUUAUCUUUUAUGAUUGUUUUUAAUAUUUCUAAUAUUAUGAGGAUUAUUCUAUGACUAUUAAGUCUUUCAAGAGAGCUGUGAUACCUCUAAUAUUUUCCUAAUAUCUUGAAUUUCGAAAUGAAUCACUUAUUUUUUUUAACUUUGUCUUGUUUUUUCGUGUUUAUUUCGUGUUUUAUGCAUCAUGAUAAGCUUCUUGUGAUUUCAUAUGAUGGAUUUCGAUAUGAUUACCUUGAUUUAAACAUUACUCCUAAUCUUAACUCUUUAAAGAAUAAUUCUUCCUAUGCAAAAUGCCUGUUGAAUGUUUUUCCUACACAAACAUUUGUGAAUCAUUUUAGUAUAGCAACAGGUUUGUAUGCUGAAGUUCAUGGUGUUCUUGGUGGCAAAAUAUAUGACCAGAAAAAUAACAAAUUACUUAAUUAUUCAUAUGAACUCUUCCAUUAUAAUGAAAACAUCAUACCUAUAUGGACACUAAAUGAACUAGCUGGUAAAGGCCGCCACAGUGGAGUUAUGAUGUGGCCAGGAUCCAACUUCGCUUACAAUUCUACUAAUGCAACAUUUAUAGUUAAAUAUGAUCCCUCAGUUCCAUGGGAUUAUCGAGUAUCUACAGCUCUUAGUUGGUUUAUUCAUCCUGAAACACCAGCAAACCUUGUUAUGAUGUAUUUUGAGGAACCAGAUGCUGAAAGUCAUGCUUUUGGACCAGGUUCACCUGAGGUACUCGAGCAGAUACGCAGAACCGACAACAUAACUAAAUAUAUUCUUGAUAGUCUGGUAAACAACAAUCUUUCAGAUGUAAACAUUAUAUUUCUCAGUGACCAUGGUAUGGAAGGAGUCACCCGUGAUAGGGUUAUAGAUCUCCGACAAUUUGUCAAAGACAAGGCUGACAUGUAUGGAACUUCUCCUGUUUGCCAAAUUUAUCCAAAGCCAGGACAAAAAGUAGCUGAAAUUUAUAAUUUAUUGAGUGACGAAGCAUCUAAAAGUAGAAAUUUUAAAGUAUACCUUAAGGCUGAUAUACCUGAACACUUACACGUAAAAAAUUGUGAAAGAACCCCUCCUAUCCUUGCUGUUGCUGAACCUAAGUAUGCCUUUCAAGAUUUUUAUAAUACCAUUGAUUGGGAAAUAAAAGAAAAACAUGCUCAUGAGAAUGGUACUUAUGGCAUCCAUGGAUAUGAUCCUUCAACAGUAACUAUGCACCCAUACUUCAUCGCACAUGGUCCUCUAUUCAAACGAAAUCACUCUAUGGGGGAGCUGAGGACAGUGGACAUGUUUUCUCUGUUUUCUCAUAUUCUGAAGCUUGGGCCUCCCGGAGUGAAGCCAAAUGGUACCUUUUCAGGAGUAGAAGACCUCUUCAAAUCUUCGGCAUCAGAGAUUGUCUUCGCUCAUGGUCUGUACCUGGCUGUUUUAUCUGUUAUUCUUCAUUUGUUUGAACAGUAGUUGUUUUGUUUUAAUAAAUUAUUCUUGUUUCCGUCCAUAUAUAUAUUUAUUAGAAAUAUAUAUUUUUCACCCUUCGUUUUAUGUCUUAUUAAAAUGUCUCUUUGUUUUUUUGCUAGUUUGUGUUUUGUUUGGAAUUGUUGAAAUGUAAAAACUUAUAUUGAAAUUUUUUUUGUUCGUUAUUGCAUUUAUUCUGUAGCAAUACGAGUUUAAGUUUUAUUAUGUUUAUGUUAGUGUUUAAUGUAUUAAUGAUCUUUGUAUUAGCUUUACUGUUUAAGUCAAAGGUUUUAUUUCUACUAAUUUUGUUUAGGUAAAAUAAUAUUUGCAUAGAAAUUGGGGGUGGGGACUUAAUCUUCUUAAAAGAACUGUCAGCUUGCAUAGGAACAGUUUAAUUAAUUAUUAUUAAUUAGUAAAAAUUGGUUUUUACAAUAUUACCAAAAGAGGCCAGAUUUUUAUGUAGAAAAAAAUGAUAAAUUUUUUCAUGAAAUACCCCAAAGAUAAACUAUUUUUUUAUGUAUGAAAUGAACAUCUACCAGAAAAACAAAAAA